UCCACCCCUUGCGUGUGUCGGGCGCAACACACCCGAGUUACUGACCGAUUCGGCCUCUCCUUUCUUGAAGUCUUGACUCAUAUCCUUCCCUCUCUCUCCGAUGUUUCGUUGGCCAGCCACCCUCGACGCCUCUCCCAUCUUUUCCACGAACAAGUUCGGCUCGGUGUCCCGUCUUCGCGAUGCGUUUGCCGCUGAGCUCGUCUCGCACUUGAGACAAUAUGGAUUUGCACGUGUACGCAAUCACGGCGUCGCCCCCUCUACUAUCGCAGCCUUGUUUAGAUAUCAGCGCGACUUCUUCCGUCUUCCGCUUCCCGCGAAACUCAGCGUCCGCCAUGGCGGGGGCGCGUCGCCGGCGAGGGGCUACUCGCCGUGGGCGUAUGAGAAGACAGCCAUACUAAGGCCCGACCUUCACGCUUUGCCAGCCCUUAAUACCUCCAAAGGCAAUGCUUCAUUGUCUGCCCCUCGCUCAAACACCCCCACGGGCCUAGACGGGACAGCUCCCAAAACCCUGCUCGACGCAAGGGAGCAAUUCGCGAUUGGCCCCCCAGACGACGCCGAAUUUCCCACGCCCCAGCUCGCCGAGGACCUCCUGCCGGGAUUUAACGGAACUGCGAGGAAUGCCUACAUUGAAACCCGAGCGACCUGCCGCGCCCUAGUCGCAGCCAUCGAGUCGGGCCUGGGCGCGCCCGCCGACUCCAUCAGCGACGUAGCCGCCGGCGGCGCCGGGGCCGAGCUGAACCUGAACUUCUACCCGGAGGUCGAGCGAGGCGCCCUCGAGGCCGGCGACGGCGACGGCGUGGCCAUGCGGCGCAUCUGGCCGCACUCGGACCUCGGCAUCGUCAGCGCCCUCUUCCCGGACGGCGUCGGCGCGAGCGGGCUCGAGCUGGAGGUGCGGGUGCCUCUCGACAGCCCCGCCUUCGCGCCCUUGCCCAUCGACGCCGAGGGCGACGUUGUCCUCCUCGUGUCCGACACGCUCGAGCGCUGGACCAACGGCUACCUGCGCGCCGCCAUCCACCGCGUAGGCUUGCCGCCCGUCGCGCAGCGGCGGGAUGCGGCGUUGGGACCCGACGGGACCGCGCGCGUGCCCGAGAGGAGGUCGGCCGUCAUGUUUUUUCGGCCGCCGCCGACCGCGGACAUAGGCCCGCUGCCGCACUUUGUGUCAGCGGAGAACCCGGCCAGGUACGGGCAUGUGACUGCUGGCGAAUACCUGAAGCUUCACAACGAGAAGCUCUACUGAGACGUAGCUCUGAGUGGAGAUGAGACACCUUAUACGGAUGAGCGUAACAAUAGUCCUUUCUUAGGGCGUGCCUCGGAAAGGCACCUGGUUUUAUACCGUGAUUCCCCGAGUUCAAGACGUCGUAAAUCACGAUGGGUUCUACGCAAAGCCUCGCGAUUAUGCGAACCUGUACACUUCGACGUAUGCCUCGGCUCACGAUGAGUAUUGAUGUAUAAAAUUCUUAUAUAAUGAGACUAUUAAAAGCGUUAAAGUAGUAUCCGAGAGCCAUGAUUCCGG